AUGACGUCACAAAUCGACGAGCUCAAACAACUACGGGAGGCAGAUGGUGAGCUGUUUGAAGAGAUGAAAGUAAAACGAGACUUGGAAUUAAAGAACAAGGGCGAAGCAGAAGAAAAGUGUCGUAAAGCUCAAGAAAAGAUUGAAAAGCUUCAAAAGACAUUGAAGAUUAAGAGGAAGAAAAUAGUCAAAUUACAACAAGAGAGAGCGAAUCUGGCAACUCAAGAAGUAGAGACAAGCAGCACGGUUAACCCAAGGGAAACUGAGGCUAGGAGCCAGCAAAAUCGAAGCAGGCAAGAAACCUUGGAUAACGAAGACCUACAACAACAGCAGUUACAGCAGCAGCGUCAGCAGCAACUGCUACAACAAGAGCUGCAGAAGAAUCGCACUGCGCAUAUCACAUAUGAUAUUGCCGAGGUAUGCUUUGAUACUUGA